GGGUCCUCCACUGUCUUUUGGGCCAGCGGCCAGCGACGACGAAGUUUGGUAGCUGAGCUUCGAACCGACCGAGAAGUUCUCGCCGACCGUCUUUCCCACCAAAGACCACAUCCUUGGAUACCAUGCCGAAAGCCACAACACCAACCCGCCACGCGGCGCGGCGGCACAACCCCCUCGAGGACGAUGUUAUCGCCACUGGUCGCCUGACCAACAAAGCUCCGAAGCGGGGUUCCAAGAACAAGGACGAAGAUGCGGAACACUACAUCGACGCCAGAGCCUCCAAGCAGAUCCUGAACCUGGGUCGCGAGCUCGCUGAGGAAGCCGACGCCGCCGCCCCGAGGCCGCCCAAGGACAACGACGCGUUCGGCCAGAACUGGGCUUUCGAUCAGCCCGAGGACGACAGUGGCGCCGCUGACGACGACGUGGUCUACGACGACGACGAUGCUGCGUGGGGCGACGAGGACGAGAUUGUGGAGGAGAUUGAGCUCGAGCCCGAGGACCUAGACACCUUCAACAGAUUCCUGCCCACCGAAGGCGAGGACUCGUUAUUAACAGAAGGCUGGCCGGGCGUCGGAGGCCCAGCACAAGAACAGCAAGGCGGCGGAAGCAAGAACCUUGCCGACAUCAUUCUUGCCCGGAUCGCACAGCACGAGGCUGGGGAGGAUGUGCCACAGGAGAUUGAGCCGAUAGACGAGGACUACGAGCUGCCGCCCAAAGUUGUCGAGGUUUAUACUCAAGUUGGUCUCAUCCUGUCCCGGUACAAGUCCGGAAAGCUCCCCAAGCCGUUCAAGAUCUUGCCCACUAUCCCUCACUGGGAAGACAUAAUUGAGUUGACCAAGCCCGAGCAAUGGACCGCCAAUGCGUGCUUCCAGGCCACCAGGAUAUUUGUCUCUUCGAAGCCUGCCGUCGUGCGGCGAUUCAUGGAGAUUAUUCUCCUUGAGCGCGUCCGUGACGACAUUCGCGAGACCAAGAAGCUCAACGUCCACCUGUUCAGCGCUCUGAAGAAGGCUCUCUACAAGCCCGCGGCGUGGUUCAAGGGGUUCCUCUUCCCCUUGGUUGAGAGCGGCACAUGUACGCUGCGCGAGGCUCACAUCAUCUCGGCCGUACUGGCUCGCGUGUCAAUACCGGUUCUGCACUCUGGUGCGGCGAUCAAGGGACUGUGCGAUAUCGCGGCCCUCGAGUCUUCAGCAGGCACUGAGGGCGGCGGUGCCACAAACGUAUUCAUCAAGACCCUGCUAGAAAAGAAGUAUGCGCUGCCGUACCAGGUCAUUGACUCUCUCGUCUUCCACUUCCUGCGUUUCCGAAGCGUCAACCCAGCCGCCAUCAAGGAGGGCGACUUGGCCAACAUGCACGACGAGAGGGCAUCGGCUCAGGCCAAACUGCCAGUCAUCUGGCACCAGUGCUUGCUGGCGUUCGCCCAGCGGUAUCGAAACGAGAUCACCGAGGAUCAGCGCGAGGCCCUGCUUGACCUGUUGCUCACGCACGGCCACCACAAGAUCGGGCCAGAGGUCAGGAGGGAACUUCUCGCAGGACGUGGGCGGGGUGUUGUUGCCGAGCCACAGGGGCCGGCGCUGGACGGCGAUGAUACCAUGUUGAUUGAUUAAUUGACCCUGUUGCAUACGGCGUUAGUGUUUGGCGGGCUUGCUACAUUUGUUCGCGAUCACGGGGUUUUUCUUGUGCACAUAGAAUUGGACUUCUGGGUACGAUCGAAUGCAAUUGCUGACAAUCAACCUCCGAUCCAUUGAUUCUGCAAGUAUAUGGCUGAAGUGUACAUAAUGCUUCA